AUGUCGACUCCCUACUGGGGCCAGCUUCCCCCGUCACAGGCAGGCCAAACCAGAGCUCGCCGUCUGUCCGAUGACCUCGCCCCGUUGCCCGAUCGCCGUCAGUCAUUGGAUGCCCCGGCUUCCCAGGCUGUCCCGAGGUCAAACUCGCAUCGCAUAUCGGUCCAGACUACAAAGUCUGACGCACCCACCGACUCGACUAUGAGCCCCUUUGUCUCGCCAACUGCCUCGAGCUUCAAAGCCCAGGGACUGACCCCGCGCCCGCCCUCACUACCCUACGGCGCCGACCAGUACCCACCCGAGCUGCUCGAGAACCGACGGCGGCGCAGGAGUCGCAACCAGGAGCAGGAAGCUGAGUAUGCUGCCAGCGCCGACAGUGCUGCCCUGACCGGUCCACCGCCCCCGGCCGCCCCCGAAGCGCCUCGCAUGCCCCCGUCAAGUUCCAGAUACGCACAACAGCCAGGGCCCGGACAGCCAUACCCGUACCCGCAGUCGCAGUCGCAAUCCCAAUCGCAAAACCCCAACAUGCUCGAAGAAUCUGCCAUGCCGCGGCCCCAGCAACGGGUCCUCACUGAUCCCACGCUAGGCCGCGUGUCCCCCGGGCCCAAUGGCCGACCUAAACGGACCUCUGCUGCCGAGCAGUCACUACAAAGAAGUGCCCGCCGAGCUUCCGCCGCGAGUUCGGCCGGCGACCGAUCCAAACCGUUCGCAGACGUCCGAUCACCACUUCAGAGGCUGGAGCUGACUCUCGACAGCAUCUCCAAGGAGGACAAACGAGCACGAGCCGAAGCCGCCGAGCGGGCGGCCCGAGAAAGGAUGGGCGGGGCUGCUGGGGCAGUCAGCGAGAAGAGCCCCCAGCAGGUCCGUUUCCACGACCGACGGACCUCAGUGGCCGGCAUGGGUGAAGCACAGCCUGGCACUACGCCAAUUACCCCUAUUACACCGGGGCGUCCCGGGCCACUUUCUCAGAACCCCCCCGAUAAUGAACCACGAAGGAAUAGCAUGGCUAUCGGUGGUCCCUCACCAAGCGCGGUUACCCCUGAUUCCCGGAUCCCAGCUCCGAUUCAGGUGCCAGGUGCAGCCUCCGGCAUUCCCCAGCGCAACCUCAGCUUCCGCGAGCGCGCGGCCAAGACCGAUAUCAAAAUCCCGAGCGCAGCCGAGUCGCCCGUAUCCAAGGACCUCACGACUCCUACGUCAGCCGCGACGAGCCGUGACACGUCGAGGAAUAACAGCAGGAAGUUAAAGAAGAACCCGCCCGGUGAUGCCUGGCCAACGCGUGUUUCUGAGCCCGAUGAGAUCUACAACACGGGCGAGGUGUCCGCUCGCACGCCGAGGGUAGUAGGCGGCCCCGUCACGCCCAUCACGCCAACGAUUGUUAAUGCGUCGCAACCGCCACUUGCUCACGUCUCUGCUCGAAGUGGACGGCCACCACCGAGCCAUCCCGACCUGCUCGAUGACGACUUUGCGGAUGAUUUCGCCAUGUACCCGACACCCACGAAACUCACCAAGACACCCAGCCAGAGAAAGGCCGAUCAGAUCCUCGGCCGCGUUCCGACACAGACGGGUCCGAGGCAAAUUCAACAACCACCCGCAUUCAGAGCCGUUCCUCCUGGAGGGCCUGCUGCUGCUGCUGCUCCUCUGGCAUUCCCUCCUGUACAUGCGGCUAACAUCCCCCAACCCGGUGCGCCUGCCGGGGCCCCCAUUGGUGCUCCAGCUGGAAAGGCAGAGAGACACCAUGUGUCCGACCUCGUGUACCACGCCCGCGAGAAAUUUACACCAGGCAACGGCCUGUUUCAGCCAACCCCCUAUCUGGACGAGUGGAGGAAGGGGACCGUCGGCGCUCUGUCGGGUAAUCUGCUCGACCUGGACGAGGCGCCGCCGCCGCCGGCGCCAGACAAGAAGGCCGCCUGGUGGGAACCGCAAUCCCAGACCCGGCGGCGGAGCGACAGCCUGUCGUCGCGGCCCAAAAAGGCCGAAGCCUUUGAGGGCGAAUACGACGAGACAAACAAUGGUAGGCGGUCCCCUAAUCUGCAGGCAGUGAUUUACCCCAGCAUCCGGGAGGAAAUGCAGAACGGCAGCGCCCAUGGCAUCCUUGGCAAUGGCAAUGGAAAUAUGCUGUCUACGAGUAGCUUCGGCACUGGUGUUGGGGCUGGGAACGUUGCGUUUGAGCCUCAGCAUCUUGCCUCGCGGCGAGCCAAAGCCCGAGCCAGGCGUUGGGACGGGUUGCGCCCCUUCAGCCCGUCUCCCUCGGUGGCCAACAACGAUUCUUCGGAUAGCCUGGGCUGCUUUUCCCUAGCCAGCAACGAUGCGGCCUUUUCGAGGAUUGCGCUGCCAUAUUCUUCCCCUACGAGAUUCAAGCCACCGCUCCACCUCAAGUGUGGCCCACUGCUGCGGUACUGUGGUAUUCGCAAUGAGCGAGGUCCGUCGCGCGCCGGCGCUGCGGCGGAGCGUGAGUUCUGGAGGGGCUCCAUCAUGAUCGUGACCACGGAUGCCGACUCGUCCUACGACAUUGGCCCCAUCCUGCGCCUGUUUGCCCAGCCGAUCGAGCUGCUCCCGCCUCCACCUAGGGAGAUACAGGGCGACCUGGCGCCCGAGUAUAUCGACCCGAUCGCCGGGCACCCUAAGCUGGGCCGCAAGGGCGAGACGCUCUACGUCCGGCCGGUGGACCACCUCGAGGAGGGCAGGGACGUCUCGCGGGAUGAGACAGACGACGGACUGUUCGAAAAGUCCAAGAGCGCGCCCGAAUACCCCUUGCCCGACGGCGUGGCAGACCCCCCUGGGUCGUUCGCUGCGCGGCGCAAGCGGGCCGAGAUGGACGGCGAGAAGGCCGGCAAGUACAAGGACAUCCGCGGGGUCCGGCUACACGCCGAGCGCGGGUACACCUUCUGGCGGUUCCACAUCGAGGUCGAGCUGCGGGACAAGCAGCAGCGAAUCGCGUACCGCAUCAACCGUGGGCCGUCGACGGGAUUCUGGGUGCCCGCGCGUGGGCAGAGCAUGAACAUCAUGUUCCACAGCUGCAACGGCUUCAGCCUGAGCGCCAAUCCGGACCAGUUCACGGGGCCCGACCCGAUGUGGCGCGACGUGCUCAACAGCCACCAGAGCCAGCCGUUCCACGUUAUGAUCGGUGGGGGCGACCAGAUUUAUAAUGAUCGGUGCAUGCAGGACGCCGUGCUCUUCAAGGACUGGCUGGACGUCAAGAACCCGCUGCACAAGCACGGUGCGCCCUUCACGCCGGCUAUGCAGGAUGAGCUCGAGCGCUUCUACCUCGAGCGCUACGCCAUGUGGUUCUCGCAGGGCCUGUUCGGCAUGGCCAACGCCCAGAUCCCCAUGGUCAACAUGUACGACGACCACGACAUCAUCGACGGCUUCGGCUCGUACCCGCACCACUUCAUGAACUCGCCCGUGUUUUCCGGGCUGGGCAACGUCGCUUUCAAAUACUACAUGCUCUUCCAGCACCAGAGCCUGCCGCUGGAGACGGAGAAGUCCGAGCCCAGCUGGCUGUUGGGCGUGCGGCCGGGGCCGUACAUCAACGAGUUGAGCCGCAGCCUGUUCAUGUCGCUGGGCGGCAAGAUUGCGUUGCUCGCCGUCGAUGCCCGUACCGAGCGGACAAGGGAGGCCGUCAUGCGUGAUGACACGUGGAAGAAGAUUAUGGAUCGGUGCUAUGGGGAGAUUGACAAGGGCCGGGUCGAGCAUUUGUUGGUGUUGCUCGGCGUGCCGAUUGCUUAUCCCCGGUUGGUGUGGUUGGAGAAUUUACUGACUUCACGCGUCAUGGACCCCGUCAAGGCGUUGGCCAAGCUGGGCAUGUUUGGCGGCCUGCUGAACCGCUUUGAUGGCGGCGUCGAGGUCCUCGACGAUCUGGACGACCACUGGACGGCUAAGAACCACAAGCACGAACGGAGCAUCGUCAUGGAGGACUUGCAGGAUCUGGCCGCGGACAAGUCGAUCCGUGUGACCGUCCUCAGCGGCGAUGUCCACCUCGCGGCCGUCGGCCAGUUCUACUCCAACCCCAAGCUCGGCCUGGCCAAGCACAAAGACUUCCGCUACAUCCCCAACAUCAUCUCCUCCGCCAUUGUCAACACCCCGCCGCCCGACCUGCUCGCCGACGUGCUUAACAAGCGCAACAAGGUCCACCACUUCGACAAGGAGACCGACGAGGACAUGAUCCCCAUCUUCGCCCACGGCGUCGACGGCAAGCCCCGCAACAACAAGCACCUGCUUCCCCACCGCAACUGGUGCGCCAUUCGCGAAUACGUACCCGGUCAUACCCCGCCACCCACACCUGCGCCGGGUGAUUCCGCCUACGACCUCGCAUCCUCUCGUCCGGGAAGUGCCGGCGGUGAGGUUCUGCGCAGGCGAUCCAGCAUCUUCCGGCGUCUUUCCUUCUCGCGCUCUCGGACCGGCGGCCCAGAAGGCCUCGUCGGCCCCAAGGACCGUUCUCGUCCGCCCAUCACCAACAACACCGGCGGCGGUCUACUGCGGUCUCUUUCUCGAAGGGCGGGCGCCGCGAGCGCGGAUGAAGUCGGCCGCUCCGGUAAGCCUGGCCUUCUGAAGCGCACUCUGUCGAGCUCGUCGGUGUCCAGUAAAUUUGGAGGGCUGUUCAAGAAGCGCAACAGCUCCACGGCCACGGGCACAGGAGCCAGGAGUGUCAGAGAUGAUGGGGGCAUCAAUGGCGUGUGGGGUGCGGAGUCGGAUGAGGAUGAUGGUGGGUAUUCUGCCCCCGCUACUUCUGCUGGACUUGGUCAUCCUCCUGCUCCCGGGCCCGGUCGGAUUGGCCUGCGCGGCGGUGGUCUGGCAGGGACGGAUUAUGCUUCCUCGACUAGUACCCGUGGCGGCGGAUACAAUGGUGAGUACGACCAGGGCGAUGAGCACUACUUUUCCGUUAAGCCGCCGGUUGCUACCGCACGCCAGCCACCGGGACCGGUCAUGAGGGAUGACUUUUCGGACGAGUACCAUCCGCCAGUCCCGCCGAAGCCGGUCAUGACCGGUGCUGGGGGGCAGUUUGCUGGUGGUGUUGGUAUUGGCGGGCCCGUCCAACCUUACCAACAGCAGCAGCAGCAGCAGCAGCAGUCUCAGCAGGUACCUCAAGCCCAAGCCCAAACCCAGGCCCAAAGCCCGACAGAAAAGGAGCCUCUUCCCAACCCCUUCCGCCGUGCGCCCACGACCCUGUCCGUCAAACAACUCCGCGCCGCCAAGAACCGCACCAAAACCAAAGCCAAAGGCCGUAAGUUCUUCGGUGGCGGCCGAAGCGGGAACCAAGACGACGACGACGACGCUUACGCUGUUGAUCUCCGUGGUGCGAUCGAGGUGACGCUGAACGUGGAAAUCAGCCCGCGCGACCCAGGCGGGAGCACGGUGCCGUACCGGUUGGUGGUGCCGCGGUUGUGGUAUGAGUAUGAGGGCGAGGAUGACGAUGAGCUUGGUGGAGCGGAGAUUGAGGGCCAGGGCCAGGAAAAGUUGCAGGCACAACAGACGCAGACGCAGACGCAAGCACUAGCACAGGGUCAGGGUCAGGUACAGAACCAGAGCCAGAGCCAGAGUCAACCUGGGCAGACUGGCCAAGCGGGCAUGGUGAUGAGACAGAGGGGUGGGGAGGGCGGUGUGGUGGUGCCUGAUGAAGGGAAUGGGGUUGUGAGUGGGGGAGAAGGGGAUGGGAAGAAGAAAGGGGGGAUUAAGAGGUUGUUGAGUUUGAAGAGGCAGGGGUGA